AUGGCCCGAACAAGAACUGGCCGCGGUGCUCCGGAGCCCCCGGAGCAGAGUUUCGAAGACGCUCGUUCCGCCCGGUUGACGCGACGUCGUGCGGGCGGCGCUGCUGGCACGGCGGAACGCGUCGAGUUCACCACCGCUACUGCUGCAUCUCAGCCGACGACGCGAGGUAAGGGGAGCAAUAAGGUCGUCCCGACGAGCACCACGUUACGAGAGAUGGCGGAAGAACAAGACGAAGACGCGACAGAAAAGCAAGAGGAAGACGGUUUCAGAAAUGAACCGGUCGCUCGUUUCAAUGCGAAGGAGAUUGUCAGAGAUAUCAACCCGCAGGACAACGACAGUGAAAUGGGAUCGCAGAGUAUUUCUGGCAAACAGAGGAACGCAACUCCGGCUUAUAUGAGUGCGGCAUACACGAUAUUUUCAAGCGCACCCAGGGUACCAGGCUCGUCAGCACCGAGAGCAUCACAAGGUGCGAUACUUACAUUGCGCCUUUUCGCUAGGGACGAGUUACUGACUGAGGCAAAAGGUCCCGUACAGCUGCCGGGAAUAGAGGACGAUGGCAGCGAUGACGAGUCGGAGAUGGGCGAUGACGACGAAGACGACGCCGCCCAGGAUGUUGUCGAAGCGGAACUGAAAGAGAACGCCCUCGACUCACUCUGGCACGAAUCCGAGGCUCUGGCGAGGCUGCUCCGCAACCCAAAGCCCUCCAGCAAAUCCUGGUGCCGGUUACUGCCCGUCUUCCGGGGCAACUGGCUCCGCACCCGCGAGUUCUUUGUGGAGAGCGACGCGCUCUUCAUCGACCUCUUCGCCAGCAUCGAGGACAUCAGCGAGAGGCAACAGCUCAAGGCGCGGGCCGUCAUUAUCGGCGCCAACGCCACAUCGCUGCUCAACGUCAUAUCAGACGCCGAGCUCCGCAAGGAGGGCAAUUUUGAUAGAGUCUGGAAGAUAUUUCAGCGCCUCGACGAGGACUUCCCCGCCCCGCUCUGCCCCUACGACGAAUACGCCGAUCACGUUACCGAGGACGAUAUCGAGCUCGCGCUCGACAUCCGCACGCACAGGCUGAUCACAAGCCUGAAGGCCUUGCAGGAUGGUCAGCAGAAUCCGGCCGACAUCGCGGCGGAGCUCUUUUGCGUCACCCUGAAGGCCUCCGUCGAUGCGGAGGAGGCUCUUGAGCAUGGACCGUUCAGGGGCAUCGACGGCCGUAUGACGGAGCGAUUUGCAGACAGGGCGAGGCAGAUUCUCGCCGCCAUCGAGGACAAAACCGUGUACGAUGCCAUUCAGGCUCUCGACGAGAUAUUCCCGCUCGAGGGAUCCCCUGACCAGUCACAGAACGAGCCCGACAACGAGGCGACCGAUUUCAUCAGCAAGAUUUCCGCCUGGUGCAGCAGGAUGAUUGACGAGCUCAGCGUGGUUUUGAAGGAUCCGCCGCAGGAGGAAAGGCCAUUCUCUCCGACAGAGUCUUUGGCGUCGACCGCGUUGCAGGACAUAGUCCGCAACGACGUACGCGAAGACAUCCUGUCCCGAUCAAACGUGCAACUCCUAGCAAAACUCUCCCGCCAGCUCCCCUCGCGCCUACGUACAUCCCCGUCGCUGGCAAACUCUCAACACGGAGCCACCCUCGAGUCCACCGUCAACGGAGGCCUCGGCGACGAUUACGAAGAAGAAGACCGCCGCCGCAACCCCUCCCCGGCGCCCAGCGACCUCUCAGCCAUCAUCGCAGGCCUCCCCAGCACCGCCAUCAUCCGCAGUACACAACCUUCUUCUUCCGCCGAAGCCGGCACCAGCACCGCCGCCGUCCCGCGCCGCUCCGGCUUCACCGCAGUCAACAGCGGCGGCGGCGGGAGGAAACGCCCCCGCGAGGCCUCCUCCAACCACUCUCAACAAUCUCAAGAGACCGAUGACCCCUUCGAGGAGGACGACCGCGAACCGAACCCCCAGCGAAGGGUCCAACUCGCCCGCGACCGCCACGACAUGCCCCCUCCCCCCUCUCGCCCCUCAAAACGCGUCCACCUACCCUCAGCCGCACCAGGGCCAGCCUCGUCAGCACGCCCAGCAGCAGCACCCCCUUGGUCUUCCCCGUCAUCAACUUCCACCACCAUCCGCCGCCGCUUCGGCUCCGAGCUACCUAACAGCGCCCCCGCCUCCUCGGCACUCUCCAGGAGCAGCAUAUCCAGCAGCACCAGCACCGUCGCCUCCUUCCGCGACAUCAACGAGAUGAACCGCCGCCCGGCCUCCCGUGCGGGACCCCAGCAACGCGUCCCCUGGUCCGAUAAAGACACCCGCCGCCUCAUCCGCCUCAUAGAGUACCACAACUGCCUGUGGGCGCACAUUGCAAAACGCCAGCUCCCUGGCGGUCGCCCCAGCAGCGGCGGCGACUUUGAGGACAGGGAGGACUGCAUCUUUGAUCACCCGCGGGACCAGCAGGCCAUCCGCGACAAGGCGCGGAAUCUCAAGGUCGAUUUGCUAAACCACACACCAGCAGCACAACCCCCCCCCGCCCCCGCCACCCCCCCACCCCCGCCGGCCCGCAGAGCCGACCUUAAUCUCUACCCGGGCUUCGACGGCAUUGCCCUCGGCAAAAAAGAACGUCUGGCCCUCAUCAGCCGCGGCAAGAACCCGGAUCGCAGGGAGGCCGACGUCGACGAGACGGGCGAGCCCACGCAUACCGAGUACGUACCGCUCGACGACGACGAGGAGGAGGAUGAUGAGCUGUAG